AUGAACAUCUCAGGAACCAGACAGGCCCUCCGCAGCCAGACCCUCGGCCAUUGGCUGCCAAAAGACCGUGGAAUCAUCGCACAAUGGGUCGCCCAAAAAGCCGAAGCAGCCAGCAAGGUCCCCGACGGGAAGCUCUUCAAGGACGGUGCGCCACUUGACCCAAGUCUCGCGGCCUUCCAGAAGCUUGUCGAUGAAAGCCCCUAUCUCCUCAAGCUCGCGAACGACAUGUUCACCGAGGCCUCGAACAAGUAUCCGGAAGAUCCUGUUGGAAACUGCGCCAUCAAUUCUUUCAGCCAAUUCAUCAAUGUUCUAGCACUCGUCAUGCAGUCUGGUCCAGAGUUCUUCGACAAGGCGAAGCCCGAGACAGCGAUGGGCCUCAUCGGGUUCCCCAUCAAUGCCCUUCUCGACUGGCCUAUGGGCACUGUCUCGGGAUAUGAGUUCUUCCUACAGCCGACAGUCAAUGACGCACUUAGGGAAGUGCUCAACUCCUGGGGCAAAUUCCUCAGUACCCCGGACUCGAAGGCCUGUCUCGACGGCUGGCUGUCAGAGACAGCGCAGCAGCUCAUCGCGACUAAGGGAAACAAUGGCGCCACUGAGUACACUUUUCAGGAGCUCUUCGUGUGCCCAGAUCCCUCUGACACGUAUCUUGGCUUCGGUUCCUGGGAUGAAUUCUUUGUUCGCGAGUUCCGCGAUGCCGUCCGCCCCGUCACGGCGCCUGACGAUGGCGCCCCGGACCCGCAAUACCCAGACCCGACGCUAGUCAUCACCAACGCGUGUGAGUCGGCGCCCUUGCAGGUGCAGACGGACGUGAGGCUGUUCGAUACGUUCUACCUCAAAGGCCAGCCGUACUCCUUGGGCAACAUGCUCAACUGCGGCGAACGCACGGCCGAGUUCGUGGGCGGGACCGUCUACCAGGCGUUCCUCAGCGCGCUGAGCUACCACCGCUGGCACGCUCCCGUGAGCGGAAAGGUAGUGGCGGUGGAGUCGGUCCCGGGGACGUACUACAGCGAGAACUGGUUCGAAGGCCUCGCCGGAGCACAGGAUCCGCAGCAGGCCGACCCCGCGGGGCCAAAUUACUCGCAGCCAUACAUCAGCGCUGUGGCCACGAGGAGUAUCAUCUAUAUUCAGGCCACGAACCCCAAAAUUGGCUUGAUGGCGAUUGUGUUCAUCGGCAUGGCUGAGGUAUCCAGCUGCGAGUUCACUGUGAAGGCAGGGCAGGAUAUUACGAAAGGGCAGGAGCUGGGCAUGUUCCACUUUGGGGGUAGCUCGCAUUGCAUGGUGUUCCGACCGGGGGUUGAAAUCAGGUUUGUCUGUCCCCCACCCUGGGAUAUGGAUCAGGAGCACAAUUUAGCUGUAAGGAGUGAGUUGGCUGUGGUUGUCUAG